GAAGCUGAUCACGGAGCAGCGGUCACAGUGAGGCACCACUGCCCCACAUGGUGUGCCAGUCACCUUGAGAAGUUGGGACCCCCUGCUCACCAGCUUGAGGAUAACAUGGAUUGACUUGUAAAGACUCGUGUUACCUGAGGAAACAGCCCUGAAGAGGAGGAGGAACGAAAAGGAGUCAGGAAUGGCUGUCACUGAGGGUCUGCUGACAUUCAGGGAUGUGGCCAUAGAAUUCUCCCAGGAGGAGUGGAAGUGCCUGUUCCCUGCUCAGAGGGCUUUGUACAGGGACGUGAUGCUGGAGACCUACAGGAACCUGGUCUCCCUGGCAGGAACGUGUCCUUCAGACCUGAGUGUUCUCUCCUGGUUGGAGCAAGGGAGGGAGCUCUGGAUUCUGAGUGGCCCCGAGGAAGUAUCCAGGCCUGCAAAUGAGUGGGCAUGUGUGGAGGGUGUGAAAGCAGACAUUACUCCAGAACGUUUCUUCAAGGAAUGUUCACCAAAAAGGCACAGCUGUACAGGAGAAAUAGUCCACACGGUGACAUUGCAAACAUGUGAUGGCCGUGCCAUUGAAGGAUCAUGCUUCGAUGAAACCCGGAAGAGUACAUGGGACUUAUGUUGUUGGAGCAAUGUAGGAAGACAUCACACAGGAUUUUCUGUGACUCCAGAGGAAAGUCCCCCUGGUUACAGAGGUGAACGUGGAGGCAGGGAUGCAGGGAAGGUGCUCAUCAACAGUUGGCUUGGAUUCAGCUUUCAGUCACAUCUGCCUGAACCACAGUCCUUUCAAGAUGAAGGGAACCUUCAUAAAUGGAUCGAUAGUGAGCAGGCUCUCGACAAUGGUUCCUUGCUUCCAGCCCACCAAAGAAUUCUUUCUAGUAUCAAAACAAACAUUUCUCAUAAAUAUGAACAUGAUUUUAUAGAUUCUUGUUUGUUUAUACAAGAACCAAAAACAGACAUUCCUCCAGCAGCUCACAAAUUUAAUGAGUUUGGAAAAUCCUUUAAUCAAGAGUCACAAUGUACUAUACAUCAGACACUCCGUACUAGAGAGAAGCAAUUUAUGUGUGAUAUAUGUGGCAAGGUCUUCACUCAAAAAUCGAAUCUUACAAGUCAUCAUAGAAUUCAUACUGGAGAGAAACCUUUCAAGUGUAAUGAGUGUGGGAAGGUCUUCAAUCACAGUUCACACCUUGCACAACAUCAGAGAAUCCACACUGGAGAGAAACCUUUCAGAUGUGAUGACUGUGGCAAAGUCUUCAGUCAGAAGUCCUACCUGGCAAACCACCGGAGAAUUCACUCUGGGGAGAGACCUUACAAGUGUGAUGCAUGUGGCAAGGUCUUCAAUCAGAUUUCACACCUGACAAGUCAUCGUAGAAUCCACACUGGAGAGAAACCUUACAAAUGUGAUGAAUGUGGAAAGGUCUUCCACCAAAUUUCACACCUUGCACAACAUCGAACCAUUCACACAGAAGAGAAACCUUUCAAAUGUAAUGAGUGUGGCAAGGUCUUCAGUCGCAAUUCUUACCUUGUUCAACAUCUGAUAAUCCACACUGGGGAAAAACCGUACAAAUGCAAUGAGUGUGUCAAGGUCUUCAGUCACAUUUCACACCUUGCACAACAUCGGAGAAUUCAUACAGGAGAGAAACCUUACAAAUGCAAUGAGUGUGGCAGUGUUUUCAGUCACAAAUCUUCCCUAGCAAAUCAUCAAAGAAUCCACACAGGAGAGAAACCUUUCAAAUGCAAUGAGUGUGGCAAGGGCUUCAGCCGCAACUCAUACCUAGCAGAACAUCUGAUAAUGCAUACUGGGGAGAAGCCUUACAAAUGCAAUGAAUGUGGCAAAGUGUUUGGUCGCAGUUCACAUCUUGCAUGUCAUCGCAGAAUCCAUACGGGAGAGAAACCUUAUAAGUGUAAUGACUGUGGCAAAGUAUUCAGUCAAAAUUCAUACCUAGCAUGUCAUCGCAGAAUCCACACUGGGGAAAAACCUUAUCAAUGUAAUGACUGUGGCAAGGUCUUCAGUCUGAACUCAUCCCUAGCCCAUCACCGCAGGAUCCAUAGUGUAGAGAAGCCAUAGUCGUGUAAUCAAGGUGCGCAGGGUGGUGGGUCUCACCUACUUCAGAAAAAGGCAGAAGGGUGGCAAGUGCAAAUCCAGUCUGGACAUAAUGGUGAGACUCUCUAAAUAUGAAAUAAAGGGCUGUGAUGUAGCUAAGUGUUAGAAUGACCGCCUAACACGUUUUGAGUCCCUGGGUUCAAUCCCUAAACCCCAGAAGAGGAAAAUAGUAAUGCAACAAAUGUGUUGAGGUCUUCAGUAACAUUGACAUCUCACAUAUCAAGCAUUUAUGGUGGAGAGAAACCCAACGAAUGUGAUGAGGGUCGCAAACCCUAUAAGGUGCAUCUGGCCUGGCCGAUCAUGUGAUCCACACCAAGAGGGCUAGGCAAAGUGUUCACUGACAUUUCCUAUCAUGCACAUUGUCAAUUUCUCAUCCUAGAAUAAAACCACAAAUGAAUUAGACAAAGUCUCAGUCAGCAUUCAAACCGUGCAAGACCACUGAGAUUUCCUAGUGGAGAAAUUAUCUCCCGUGUGUCAUGACUAUACAGAGUGAUCCAGGCCUCAUUUAAGGCUUAGUAACUUAGUUAGUCUGUGAUAGAGAGGAACUUCACACAUUCAUUGGAUGUAAACAGGCCCUAUGGUAAAAGCCUCUUAUCAGGAUUCCUGCUGGAACAGAAACUCAUAAAUGUACCUUGGUUGCAAAUCUUUAUUAUGCACUCAGUCCUCUGUACACAACAGGUAAGGCACAAAAGCAUCACUUUGACCAAGCCUGUCUUCAGUGCUCAUGUUUCAGUAGACAUCAGUUGAUCCACACUGGAGAGGAACCAUGGAAAUGUCUGCAGGUGCCAAGCUCUUCUGGCACAGUUCACAGCUUGCACAACCUGGGAGAAGACGUCCUAGAGGUAAAGCUUGAAUCCAGUGAGUGUGGCACCCCCUGCAUUAUGAGUUCAAGCAGUGGUCAGAGUCCAUACUAAAGAGCAACAUCCAUCACAAUCACAACACAGGACAGACUUCCAUGCCUCAAAACCAGUGGAAAC